AUGUGGGGCGUUCUCAUAUUCCUGAGGUUCUUCUACGUAGUCGGCAAUGCUGGUGUUGGCGAAGCAUGCUUGGCCGUGGUCCUCUCCUUCAUCGUAGCGUUCUGUACAACCUCUUGCCUCAGUGCUAUUGCCUCAUCCGGAGGUGUGGUCUCCGAGGGUGGCCCUUAUCAUAUGCUAUCGAGGUCCCUAGGGGCAUACGCUGGGGCCAGUGUUGGUAUUACCUACUAUCUUGGCUUUGCUCUCCUAGGUGUACUAGAGUCUGUUGGUGCUAUUGAUGCAUUGGCUAUGGCUGUCCCCGAUCUCAUCAGCAUACCCGGGUAUCACCAAAUAUUCGGUGGAUCUCUGGUCCUACUCUUAAACGUAGUGGUCUGGGGUGGUAUCCACGUAGUCACCAAACUCGGGGUCUUCUUCGUGGUGGUAGUAUCUCUGACCAUCCUCAUGUUUUAUGUUGGGAUAUUCGUGUCACCACAGAGUGAGGCUAUAGAAUUGGCUGGUGUCACCGGUCUCAGCGCAUCGACCCUUGGCAACAACCUUGGGCCCUCUUACGAUGAUGGUGUUCGCUUUGGUACA